UGCUAAACAAGUAAUUAUAUAAGGAGCACUUGUAGACAGUUUACAGUUCUAUGUACUGUACCGUAGACAGAACAGCAAAAGGCACCGCACAGAUUGCCUUGCAUUAUGUAUCGCAUUUGCUUCGUGUAAAGCGUGAAAUUUAGUACGGUAUGUACUCGUACUAUGUUGCCUUUGGAACUUCGUUUUAACCUGACUUCUUGCUAAUCUGUCUUCUUGAUCUAAUGGCACAUAUAUGUUCGCUACCCAUCCGUCUGUUUCUGGUUGUUGUACUGCACCGGCAGGGUAAAUGGAUAUCGGCACAGUCAUCCGGCGUGACAGAUUCGCUAAUGGCAGAACUCGACCAUACAGUCAAAACAGAAUCUAGCCAAAUGCAGUACUUCGUGACAACAGAUGCUCGUCUUCUUAUUUACCAGACGGAAACCGUGAGGAAUAUGCAAAUUCAGCAGAUUCAUGGGAUAUGGUGCCACGUUUUAAGGGCCAAUGAUGACUGUUCAUCCGUUCUGUUCUUCUCGUGGAACGUUACGACAGUGCCACCCAAAUCAGAAACCUCUUAUUCUAUAAAGGAAAUUGUCCACUUUGUCAUUGUCAGUCCCAGAUUUAAACCAGAGGUUAGUAACGAUGCAAUUCGGAACGAAUUCGACCAGAUGCUGAUAAAACAAGCCAUCUGGGGCGUCAACGCUGUCGAUACCGGGAAUAGCGACCCUUUCGCUUUGAUUGAUUCGGUGUGGAUGUACUCGAACGACGAUGUCAAAACCCAGUUGUUGGAAGAGCUGAAAAGGUUAUGGCAAAAGGUGCUGGGCGACGUUGUAUCGCGCCUGGAACUGCAUAGAGUGGAGAUCAUUCCCGAAUCUGCACAAGAAUUUGAUACUGCACGGUCUGUACCCAUCAAGGUGGUGUUCUUGGUGUUUGGCGAAAGUACCGAGAGGAUUAACGAGGAUCAAGCCAAGCUGAAUAUCCGUCAGGUGGUUUCCGGUACACGCAUACCGACAUUUCUCUGGUCACCGUUUUCGGUGUAGGAGACCAGUUUGUCCAAGAGGAGGGUGCAAUGGCAUCUCGAAAUUCUUUGAAAACAAGGGCUGCUAUUCGGUUAAAAAGUAUAUUUCAUCGUCGAAACCUGACUCACGCUGUUUAUAAACUGGAUCUGGCUAAGGCAGGAGAUUUCCGGCAAUAAAAACUUGACAUCAUUAGCACCCAGCAGGUGUACUUAAUUUAUUGUGUCUGCUGGCUGUGUCACCGUCAGUUAUUUUAUUGUGCUUUUCUCAGUCGAAGAAUUACCCCAUGAAACAAUAUUACGUAUGUGAAACAGCUUGCCUUGUGUGGCUGCUGUCAUUCGCGUCGGAAAAAAUGAAUUCGCGAUGUGACCCGGUAAUUUUCCUUGCUUAAGUUGAUUUCCACAAAGGUCCCGAAGAUUAUCCAGAAGUGUCGUGCUGGUUAUGCGUUCAGAGCUUCUGGUCGACAAACAACGUCGCACCAUGCUCGCCAGAUAUUUAGGGAUCGGCCUUGACACCGGAGGGACAUAUCCCUUAGUGAGUUUAAGCAGGGACGCAUCGGAUGAAAAAUGAGUUUGCUGGAUUUUAUCCAUCUUGAACGCCUCUCCCUCCAGCUGCGCUAUCCUGUAAAACCAUCUGGUCUGGAUUUCGUAACAGCAGUCAAUCAGGUCGUGUAAU